AUGAUUACUAUAGUGAUGGUUUUUGCAUUAUUGUUAUCAGCUAGUAGUUAUUUUUUCAUAUCAAUUUAUUCCGCAUCACAUUUACCUUUGAACGAUAAUAUUCCCAUUCAUUCUCCACAACUAUCCAUAUUUACUGGAGGACAUUGGUUUACUGGACCAAAUAUGAUUACAUUUUUCAUAAGAUUCGAGAAUAACCAAAAUCAACUAAAUUUUGAUUUAUCUUCGAUUGAUACUUUUCUAGUUCUUGGCAACGAAAAGGUUUUAAUGAAUGGAGAUAUGAAUGUUUUUAAUGAUCACGGUCUAUUCACAACAGUAUCAAUGCCUAGAAUUGAUCAUUGCCGUAGUUACUAUUUUGAGUUAUUUACAUUUGAUGGAAGUUAUGAUCGAUGGCCAAAAAAAAAUGUAUUAUACACAAUUGAAGGUGGUAGAUGCCUUAUGCCAUUAAAUGAAUCACUUGCGUGGUUUUUAUUUAUAGUUGACUUGUCGAUUGCAUUCUCCUAUUACACUAUUCCAGUUCAACUGAUUUAUUUCAUAAGAAAAGCACCAAAACUACCAUUUCCUCUAGUAUUUACUUUAUUUUCAGCUUUCAUAAUAUUAUGUGGAACAACUCACAUAGUAUCUGCAUGGAUGCCUUGGAAUCAAAACUAUACUCUUUCUGCAAUAAUAAAAGUCUUUUGUUCCAUAAUAUCUUUGGUAACUGCUGGAGCUUUAUUAGUCAUCAUUCCUAAAGCAUUGGAACUACCUCUAUUAGCUGCUCAAUAUAAAGAUGAAAUUUCUGAAAGAUUAUUAUCUGAAAGAUAUUUACGUAACGAAAAUCAAACAAUGUCCAAUUUUCGACGUGUAAUUCAUGCUCUCAACAAAAUUACAAUACAACAAAUUCUCAAUUAA